UUAGAGCUUAGCCUCAAGAACACAUGGUUCAAUAUCAAUAUAGAAAUGCUCAAAUAUCCUUUCCCAUUAAGGUAGCAAGUGCGCAUACCUAAGUACUUCAUCUUACACACAUGGCACGAAGAAGAAGGCCACCGCGCGCUGGCGCUAUUGCCGAGCUGCCACCUCUAAAGAUCUUCAGCCAGAUUCUAAUCCUACAAGUUCUUUGGUAUGUCAUCGGUACGGCGCUGAUUCUCUUUACAGCACUGGUUGCUGGGAGACCCUUUUCUUUCGACAUGGUUUUAAGCUGGAGAAGUUUGAGGGGUGAUACAACGGUGGGGUGGAUGUUAGGAUUUGUCUGGUUGUUGAAUAGUUUUAUAGGGUUUGUUCUAAUCUUGCAUUAAUUCCUCCUUCAUGAAACUAACACAAAUCAACAGAGUUAUUUCCCUUCUCCUACUUGUUUCACGCUCCAAAUUAAUCCCCGAUUUCGCUCUUACCAUCCAUUUCCUGCAUCUCCUAAUUACAUCCUUUUACUCGCACUCCAUCCCUCGCAACUGGCUCUGGUGGGCCCUACAAUUUGCAUCCACGUCCCUUAUGACCUUUUUAGGCGUAUGGAGUUGUCAAUGGAGAGAACUGCGACCUAUAAACUUUGGUUCUAGUUCAAACACUACCCAGAAUAUCUCGAAUACUGUUACGGACAAUACUGGUAUGGCAAGAGAUAUUAGCACAGGCAUGGAAGGAGAAGGCGCGCAGGACACAGGUGAUGUAGAACAAGGCUAUGGAAGAGGGAAAGGUAGAGGCAGGGGAAGAGAUGGCGCAGGAGAUUAUGAGAUGGUUGGGAUGGGAAUGGUAGCAGAUGAGAAUACCAACCCUGGUUGAAGAAUAGAGGAUGCUAUCGGGUUUUGAUUUGGAUUCGGAUUUAGGCGUAUAAACAGGAAUUAAAGAUCUGGCGGCGUUUUGGAAUUGGCACUACCUAAAUUUGUACUAUUAUCGAUACAGCGGCAGUACAGACAAUUAUUGUAACAAAAGAAUAUAGCGAUACCCAGGCAGGUUCAAUGAUUUAUUAUUCCAAUUUUGUA